CACUGCAGCUCACAGCAAUGCCAGAUCCCCCACCCACUGAGUAAGGCCAGGGAUGGAACCCUUGUCCUCUUGGAUACUAGUCGGGUUCAUUUCCGUUGCGCCACAACAGGAACUCCUUAAUGCCAUUUAGGGCCAGAGAGAGUGAAUCUGAGAUCAAGGACUUGCCCAAGGUAACUAAGUUGUUAAGUAGCACAAAAACCCUCUAGGUUUUGAGGAACAAAGCCAAUCCAUAGUGUGCUUUUUUAAAAAUUCUGUACCUUCUCUCUCUUCUUUAUUUUAAUGAGAAAAAAAUGAACUGUUUGUCACAGAAUCCACAGGGGCCAUGAUUGCCUUAUCAUGUAGUAGAUUCUAUAGAUGGCGUAUAGUUAGAAUGAUGAAACUUUGAUAAAAGAGGACUUUAAGGAGUUAUCCUUAUGUAGUUUACAUAGUAAAAUUAGGAGGAAAAACUGGGUAAGUAAAGUUUCUUGUGAUGUGACCCUCACAAGGUUUUCAAUAUAAUUUUAGAACCCUUUCUGCUUCUAAAGAAAAACUGUUGUAAGGACCAGUGCUGGGUCUGCAUGUCCCUGGCAGUUUAAAGGGCACUGUGAAUUUGUGAUUGUCAAGCCUAGCACUAGGUAGGCAGGGAAUGGUGUUCUGUAAGUGCAAGUUUGUUAAUCUGUAGGCUGGGGGGGCACCCACCACCAGAACUCUGUCAUGGUUAUCCUAUGAACAAAGCGUGUGUGAUACUACUUUGCCAGAAUGGGGUCAGUGUUUCGAUGGGGAGCUCUGUUUCUCAGGCAGAGCAAUCUGUUAACGUGUAAUUUGAGAUGAAUGCUGUUGCUAACAGCAUAGCAAAGGCUCUGUGAUUUCCCAUGCAGGUUCAUCCAUUGGCCCCUCUUGGCCGGUCUGGGGAACAGAAUUGAGGCUCUCCUGUAUUUUUGCAUCUUCGUCCGCCAAUAGCUCCUCUUAAGCAAUGCCAGUCUGUUUCCACUGGCCGUUCCGCGUCUGUCCCACCUGGUUAGCCAAUGAGGAGGGAGGGUCAUCUAGAUCUCUAAGAGAGCUUUAAAAACAUGUUUUUUAAUUACAGUUGAUUUACUUAGAUUUCUAAGAGAUCUUGAUAUUCAAAAGAGUGUUGAAUUUCUGGGAAUUCCUCUUGUGGCUUUGUGGGUUGAAAACUCGACUGAUAUCCAUGAGGAUGCUGGUUGGAUCCCUAGCUUCACUCAGUGGGUUAAGAAUCCAGUGUUGCCAUGAGCUGUGACAUAAAUUGCAGAUGCAGCUUGGAUCCGGCAUUGCUAUGGCUGUGGUGUAGGCCUGCAGCUGCAGCUCCAGUUAGACCCCUACCCCAGGAACUUGCAUAUGCCACAACUGUGGCCCCCCCAAAAAAGGUGUUGAAUCUCUUAGCAAGUAGGCACAGUAGCCCACCUUGGUGCUUUUGCCUUUUGCUGGCACACUUCCUUUUAAAAUACCACCUCUUUUAGGAUCUUCAAUAAAAAACCAUUUCCUUUGGAGUUCCCUUGUGGUGCAGCAGGUUAAGGAUCUGGUGUUGUCACUGUCAAGUUCAGGUCUCUGCUGUGGUGCAAGUUCAAUCCCUGGCCUGGGAACCUCUGCAUGCCUUGGAUGCAGCCUAAAACAAACAAGCAAACAAAAAACCCCAACAUUUCCUUUGCUCCUUUUGGAACCCGUAUCUAACCUUGAUCCUUUGUUUUGGAAGAUAAUAGUAUACUUUCUGCAUAAAACCAGGAACACACCACUCUUACUUUCUUUCCCUCCCAGUCCGUUGUUUCAGCAAAAUGAUUCCAUUUCACUUUAACAAAAAGAUUCUCUUUCUAGCUUAAAAUAUUCCGGAUGUGCUUUAACUUGCCUUGGGGUCAUAGCACAUGUCUUCCAGGACUGAUGAGUCUUGUCAGUUGCCCCAGGGUGAGAACUUUAAUAAGCAAAUUGCACACACCUGGCUUUGCAAAAUAUUGGCCUAAUGGGACACCUAGGUGAAAGUCAGUACUUCCACUCCCCACGUACACACCCUUCCUCCGCACCCCUUUUAAAAGGGAACCCUCAGAAAUUGCUGCCUCUCCAUUUAUCUCUUAAAACUUGCCUGUCUCUUUGCACCCCUGAUGUGAUCGUUAACAGGCUCAGGUUGUUGAUGUCCCUGCUGCCUUCUUUUGGAUUUGAAAGUCAUGCCAGUGAUGAGAUGUGGGACAUGGACAGGGGAGUCUGGUUAAAAGGGCACAGGGCUGGCAGACUCUUUGUUAGGCUGUGCAGCACCCCCUGCCCGGCUCUUUGAUUUGUGGCUGCCCUGGGUGUUUGCACAACCUUUCCCGUUCAGACACUUCUUAGUUGAAGAGACCGCCUGGUUCCCUGAUUUUGAAGGCUGGACACCAGACCUACUGGUCUUUCACUCUUAUUCAUUCAGUGGUUCGUUCAGACAUUGUUUGUGCUAAACAUUUGUGCUAAACAUUGGAGAUUUACAGAAAGACCAGAUCCUGUCUUCCAGAAGCUCAUAAUCUUGUGUUUUUAUCUCCAGUGGUUGGCAGGUGUGACGCAUGGCCACACCUCACAUGGUGCACAGUCAUGCAUUUUCUUUGGCUUCCGUGCUCUCUCCUACUUGCUGAAGAUCAGCUCCCCCAAAUAAAGCUGUUGGCUGUCUUUCUUGUCAUCCAUUCUUUCGGACACCUCAGGGGACCCAGCUGCACAGAUUAAGAGGCCACCAGUGGCAAUUGGUGUAUAUUCAGACCAGCAUUUCCUUGAAUGCUUUAUGCUUGAGACUGGAUUCCACAUUGACCACAUUCCUUCUAUGCCUACAGGAUUCUGACUCUGCUUUGUAUGCAGUGGCUACACACACACACACACACACACACACACACACACACACCCCUCCUGGAUUGACAUUCUGCUAAAAGUUGAUGAAAAUCUGGUGAUAGCAUGUAGCUCUUUAGGCAGUAAAAACCAUAUUUAAGACUUUACUGGCUUUGACUAGACUAUGGGUGGCCUCGCUCUUCACAUCUGCUGUCAGCCUGUGUUCGGCCGUCAUUCACACAUACAUACCCUAGAAAUUCCAGUCAUCAAACAGCAACGCCUGAAGUACCUCUUCCAGGAAGACUCAGUCCUCUAGUCUCCGGGUUUGGAAGUAUCCCAAACAUCUUUAGGAAAAUUCUUUCAUCUACUUCUCCGUCCCCUUUUGGGUAUAUAAAAAGUUAGCAUACUGCACAAUACGUGAAACGGCUCUCUCAACUAUCCUACCUUCUGCAGUUCUCCUUCUGUGUCCAUAACCACAGUUUAUACAUGGGUUUUAUUAUGCAGUUAGGCUCAGCGCCAUUUGUGAUGAUAAAGAGUUGAGGCUUGUCCCCUCUCACGUGGACACGCUCCGGCUUACCUUCAUCGUGUGAGUGAAUGUCUCAGGUUGGCCCAGUGGGUCCAGGUCAGAGGGCAUGUGCUUAGCUGUGGAAUUCCAGAGGUCACUCCCUGCCUUUGUCUCCUCCACCAAAGCUCAUGUCACUUGCAUCAUGCUUUGACUUGAAACAAUAUUGCAUCGGAGGGAGUGUGCAUAAUGGGCUGUGUUGUCCAAUUAUCAUGAGAUUACCGAAUACUUUUGCCUGGAAACUUGCCAGCAAGAGUGAACAAAGAGAUGCCCCAAGCCACUUUCUCAGCUUUAUUCCUCAAGACUAAAUGGCAUUCCCAGUACCCUCUGUACCUUUCUGAUUGAGUAAAUGGAUAAGUCAGGCUUUUACUUAUUUUUUUAUUUUUGGACAAAGAAUGUGGCUAGGACCGGACAUCAAGAUUUUUUUAAGCUACUUUGAUGAGAAUGAGUAAAAAGCCAAAAGGUGGAACAGAGAAUACACCAGCUGGAAAUGGAGAUGAUGGAUUUCUAGGAAGUGGGAGAUUGAGAUAUUUACAGUAAUGAACAAAAGUUCUUCCUGGAAUAAAAGUACUGAAGAAGUAACAAAAAGAAGCCAGAAAAAAAAAAAAAAAAAAAGAAGAAGAAGAAGAAAAAAAAAAAGGCAUUUUCUUAGCGCACAAAUGCUGAAGCCCAUGCUCUUUGUUACUGGAAAUUCUGACGUUUCUUGCAUUCUCCCAACUUUCUUGAUUUUUAAAAUCUUAACAUUUAUUUCCCCAAUCAUCUUUAUUCAUCUUUGUGUUUUCAUUCUCCUCGAGUUAUCUGUGUCCUCAGAAAGUUGAAAAACAAGUGAUUUUUUUUUUUUUCUUCUCAUCUCUCUUGGCGGAGUCACACAAUGGGCUGCCUUUCCCCUUCUCUGUGGAAAGAAUGGAAACAGAGUAAGCAGCCAGCGGAGCUCCAUACGGAUUGACAUUCCUUGCUUCUGCUUUUGAAGUUAAGAUGGUCACGAGAGAGAAAAAUAUUUUCGGUUCCAAGCCUAAGAAAAGGACAUUCCUUUCCGUCUUGGCACUCUUGUUUUCAUGGUGUUGAUUUCUCUGAGAAUCAUCUUCAGUCUCAUUAAUAUAUCACAUCUGAAAAUGAAAUCCCUUGUGUAAGUUCUUUUCCUCGCCACGCCCUUGAUUAUAGGGAAGGUGAUGUUUUCGUACACAAAUCUGAAGUGGCUUAGGAUGUAUUUUCAUGGCUUUUUUUUUUUUUUUGCCCUGGAUGAGUUCCCAUUGUUGAUCAAGCACUUCAGGAGAGUUUUCCAGAGCCCUGACAGACUCACCCAUGCAUUCUGUUCUGUUAAACAAGGAAAAAAUGGAGAUUAAAAAAAAAAAAAAAAGUUAAGUUUUCACCUUGCUGUAGAGAAGGAAAUCUCAGAGGCAUCAUUUUCCUUUCAGGAAGAUUGGGGUUUGUAGGUUAAAUUCCACAUUAUACAAAUUCCCUGAUGACGAGGAAGCUAUGCGAUCAACAAUCUUUCUUCAAAAUGUGUUUCUCUGUUGAGAGAGGAGGGGAUUCCACUUGAGGCUGUUGAUUAAGACAUGAAGAUGAGGUCUGAAAUUGGUGGUGGCCCAAGGUCAUUGGUAGAACGAAUGGACCGUUGGAAAAUUAUUAGCAGCUGGUUUAAUAGAGUUGUAAUAACUACAGCUGUGUGAGAAAAUCUACACACAAGGUAUUUGGAAUGUCCCCUUGGAGGUCCUUUUCUGUUGUUCUAGAAGAAUCCUGGCGUCUAUUUAGCAAAAGUGUGAUUUGGACAAAAGAUUUGUUAGCUUGAUACGUGAGUGUGUCAUACAGGCUUUAUUUGCUGUAGCGUUUAGACCAUCUUUGUACUUUUUUUAUUAAAAAAACAUUCUGGCAUUAUUAAGCUUCUCACCCGACCCGCACAUCCCCACGUCCCACCCUGUAAAAGGCUCACAGUGUUUGAGAAUUUUAAUGGCUUGUCAAAGGAGUUCUCUUCCUUUUCACCUCACCUUUUUUUUCUCAAAAAUUUUAAUCAUAUCAAAGGAUUUAUGGGGUUUAAUUUGCCAGACUCUGAGGCAGUGAAGAAAAAGACAACUGAAGAAGUGCUGUACUUUCUAAAACACCCCUUUUCUUCAACAUAGGCUUCUGGUUUUACAUAACUUAAUAGAGGAAUAAUUUGCUUCGAUUUGGCCUUCCUAUCUGGCUGCAGGUGCGCAGGUGUGAGCACACACACCACCCACAUGUACGUGUGUGUAUGUUUAUGUGAGUGUAUGUAUUAUGCACACAUAAAAAUUUGGUCUGCAAAGCAGUAUGCCUGUUUCCUCCAUGUGUCAUCUGUGCCUUGCUCACCCAGGGACUUGACAUGGAAGAGAAAUGCAGAGAGCAUUCCACCCGUUCAUGAAUUCCACAGUCAUGAGUCACCCUGGCCCCAGGCUUCUUGCCAUUUUGCCUCAUCCUAUUCCUGCUCUCAAAGUCAGAGGUCUCGAUCUCCUGUUCCUAACUCUGGAACUGGAGAAAAAGGUAGGAGAUGAGAUGACAAAGCUAACCUAAAGCCAGAGUCCGCUUAUCUCAGAGCAGACUUCCAAAAUACACUACCAAGGCACAAAAGCGUGCAAGUCAAGUUGAGAUAAAUCUCUGCCUUUCACUGAUUUGCAAAACUUUUUUAGACCAAGGGCUUUCAGUAUACAUUAUGUAAAUUUGUUCUCUAUCACAACUCCCUGGAGCAGAAAUGCUCUCUCUGACCCACAGAGAUCAGGUGACUUCCCCAAAGUCCCAGCUGGUUGAAAGCCAGGACAAAGUCCCAAACCUUGUCUUCUGACCAGCCCUUUCCAGGACACCAUGGAUGACUCACCCAUGAAUGACAAAUGCAUUGUAGGCUUUUAAAGGAAGUUGAGGAUAUUCGGGCAAUGUCCUCUAACCUUGUGAGGAUGUAUCAUUGUGGAAGGAAACCACUAUGUUCUUCAUGGAAUAAUCCCUCUCAGAGCCACUGGCCCAGAUGGCUUGCUAUGGCUUAUGGAGAAUGGAUUUUAGUGAUGAUUAAAGACGUGGUUAAGAUUUGGUAAGAAAACAGAUGUCUCCUAAAAUAGUCAACAGUCCUGUCAUGCUAGUUUCCCUUUGCCUCUGCUUCACUUAGAAGGCACGGACUCCAGCUUACCCCCCAGCUAAUGUGUGCUGAUGGGAGAGGGGAAGAGGAAAUACAAAUGGUACUCCAGGGAAACCAGGCACUGUAUUCUCUAAGGGCCAGAUGACCUAUUCUCUCAUGUCAUCUUCACCAUUAUUGUUCCGUGGAUCCCAUUUCAUUGUUGUUCCUAAUUAGCAGAUGAGACAGUGGAGGCUCAGACAGGUUAAGUAACUGGCAUGUGGUCACAUCUGUGUUAGGUGUUCAUACAGGGAUGUGAAUGCCUGUCAGGGAGCUGGCUUUCCAUUGUGCAAUGCUGCCUACACACCUCUCUGGGAUGGUCCAGAAACAUGAUACUGGCAUUUCUGGAGGACAGAGAAGUCCAUGAAAACAGUAGCUAAGAAUUAUUGGCCACAGACUACGUGCCCGAAGGAUCUUUGUAUAUUACCUCAUUUAAUCCUUACUGUAAUCUUAUGAAAUAGUACUACCAGUUUGGUUUUUUAACCACUUUUUACAGGUGAGGAAAUGGAGGCAUAGAGAGGUUAUGCAGUUUACCAAGACCAAAUAGUAAGUGGAUACCAACUCUGGCAAGUGGGCUCUGAGCCCAUGCUUUUAACUACGGUGCUGGGUUCUGCUAGGUAGGCCAAGUGCCAUGUUCAAAAUAGCCCCUGUUGGCCAAAGGUGUUCUUCAGCUGGAUCUGCUCUGGGGUUGCUGCAUUAGAAAGCCAGCUUGACAGUGUAGGGAGAGAGAUUUUGCUUUAAGGAAGACCUUUGUAUCUCAAUUAUUAUAGAAGAUAUCAAGAUAUUGUUUCAGAAAUCCAUAAAACUUAAUGCAAUGGACUCUCCUUGAACAAGAGAUCCCUAACUGGUUAGUCCUAAGGAAAAUGUAAAGCUGUUGCAGGGCUGUAAGCCAGGGAACUGAUGUGAUUAGAUGAGCAUUGAAAACUCUCCCACUCCAGAUGUUCGGCUGCAGUAGGACACCACCUCAAGGUGAGUUCCAGUGAAAACUCCAUUGAACAAGUACUUUGUUCAGAGGGAUCCUCGAAGGUUGUCUAAGUUUACACUGCCCAGAACAGCAGCCCUGAGCCAUUUUGUGCAUUUGAAAUGUGCCAGGUCCGGAUGAAGAUGUUGCUGUAAAUCUCAAAUAGACUGAAGUUUGAGGCUUAUAGAAGGAAAGUGUGAACUAUCUCGUGAAUAUGUCUUUGUAUUUGGUAUCUGUUGAAGUAAUACUUUGGGAUAUAUUAGGCUAAAUAAACAUGGAAAUUAAUUACACUUGUUUCUGGCUGCUAGAAAAUUAAAAAUUCCUGCAUACCUGACUUGCCUUAGAUUUCUUUCUGGCGGUGCUGGGCUAGGUAAUUUCCUUGCUAUCUCAUUCAAUAGAAACUAUAUAAAGAAUGCUGUUAUCAUAGGCUGAUGGAUUAUCUUUGACUACCAUCCCAUUAAGGAAUUCCACCCUAAAGACCAUUGCUUCUUAAAGUUCAUGGGGGAUAUUCUACGCCUUCAUUGGCACUAUUCUUUUUUAAAAAUGUAGUUAAAAGUAUAAUUUUUUUUGUCUGUCAUUGAAGAACUAACUGUUCUUCACAGAUGUUUAAAGAAAAAAAAAAGUGAGUUUGGACCACUUCUCAUUAGUCGGUCUAAAUGGGUCAGAAGGUAGUGACCUGGUAAUGUGAGUCACAACACGUCAACUUUUGUCAUUUCUCCUUUCUUUCUUUCUUUUUUUUUUUUUUUUUUGGUCUUUUUGCCUUUUCUUGAGCCGCUCCCGUGGCAUAUGGAGGUUCCCAGGCUAGGGGUCGAAUUGGAGCUGUAGCCAUCGGCCUAUGCCAGAGCCACAGCAACGCGGGAUCCGAGCCGCGUCUGCAAACUACACCACAGCUCACAGCAACGCUGGAUCGUUAACCCACUGAGCAAGGGCAGAGAUUGAACCUGCAACCUCAUGGUUCCUAGUCAGAUUCGUUAACCACUGCGCCACGACGGGAACUCCUCAUUUCUCCUUUCUAAAUACUGUGUAGGUUUGACCACGUUCUCCUCACCUCCAGGACAUCUUUGUGGUCCAGACCUACUUUGUCUCAUCCCUGGACCAUCUCAGCAGCUGCCUGAGCAGCUUGUAUCUCACCACCCUCCCUUCCUCCCCCAGAAGUCCUUCCUAGUGCUGCCAAAAUAAUCUUGAGAGGACACAGCUUGCAUUAGGUCACAUUCCCCUGAUUAAGGAUGAUAAGAGUUCCCUGUUGCUCUCGCAGUGAAGGGAGGGAGGGACCUGAUAUUUGAGACUUCAUAGAUGUUAUCUUAUUUCAUCCCUAAGAGAUGGGGAUAUUUUUAGUCCCAUUAUACAGGUGAGGAAGCAGUUCUCUAUCUUGUCUGAGGUCAGGUGGUAGAUGAUAAAGCUAGAUCCUAACUACUAGGGUGAGAUCCUGUCAUCUUUCUUGCUCAAACCUAAGCUCAUGCUGCCGACCCAGCUGGCUGCCUAGCUUUCAGGAACUUUCACCAUCAAACCCGCAGACUUGCCAUGUCCUUUCCUUUCCCAGCUGUUCUCAUCAGCUAUGUGCUUGGAAACUGUACCGUAACAAUCCAUGCGUCAUUACAAAGUGCUUAGAGUUCUUCAUUCUCUAAUUUUUUUUUUUUUUUUUUGCUAUUAGUCUUGUCUCAACUCUGUUUUAAUUUCCAUGAGAAAGAGCAUGCCUGAUCCUUGCAUUUGUUCCCCCAUAUUUCUUUUUCUUUCUUUCUUUUUUUUUUUUUUUUUGGUCAGGUCUUGGUCCCUAGUAGGGACUCAAGUGUUCAAUAAAUACAUGGUGUUGGUGCAUGGUAGAUGAUCAAUAAAUAUGUGUUUGGGACAUGAUUGAAAAUGCUUUUUCUUUUAAAUGAGGGCAGAGAGCUCCAGGUCAACAACUCCCUCUUCAUCCAUCUAAAUGUGUGAUGUAAUGGCCUUGGCAAUGACAGGAUACUUCUAAGCCAGACUUUACCUCAUUGAGUCUCAGAUUCCCCACCUUAUCUCAGAUUGGGAUGAGGUGGUCAUGCGUGGUGUGCCACGAAUCUCCAGGGGGUAGUGGAUUAUGUUGCUUCUAAUAUUUCCAGGAGGGACAUUUAAGAUGUAUCUGUUUUGAGGUAUAUGCUAAAGUGUGCAGUGCCUGGAGGACAGUCUUUGUCCUCCUUGGGCUUCCUGGAACACUGCUGAAUGUCAGGUGGAAAGGUCAGUCCAUGGGGUCAACUGGUUGAUUCAAGUUUGCAUUCAAAUAUGUAUUCCAGCUGAAGCUUGCUUUCAAACUCAUAUGGGAUGCACCUGCUCCUCUCUGAAGUUCAUGGAGAGAGCUAGCAAAGCAUUGACAUUUGGUCCAUUUGCUAAUAGGCAGUUAGUGUUCUGUGGUCAGUCUUGGCUGGACCGCUUUUGUUAACAUGCCCACAUUAUUAUGUGGACACAUAUUAAGUCUUUAAACACUGGCAUGAUCUCACACCCACACGUUCCCUAAAAUGUGGGCUGACUUGUUGGACCUGCGUUUCUGUUUUUUUUUUUUUUUUUUUUUAAGGGAAACUGUUUAGCUUGUUUACUUAUUUCUCUGAAAACACUCAAAUGUUUAAAAAUAAUUUCCAGCUCGUCAAACCAACAUACUAAUAAAAAAUACACAAACGUGAUAGGAGUUGGAAUUCAGGGAAAGUGAAAGUCCUUUUUAAACCCUACCCUAAGAGCAAACUUCCUCGAGAAGGGUUUGAGGAAUAUGUCUUCUGAUUGUUUUCCUACAUUUUAUUAUUACCAUUAUUAUUUAACUAGUAACAGACUAUGCAUUCUUUUGUGCAGCUUACUUUUUUUUUCUCACUCAUCUAUGCCUUCUCCCAAGAAUUCCCUGAGGAGAAGCACAGGUUUUGUAAUGCCGCCGAAGGAGCUGGAUACCUGGGGUUCUCAGCUUUAGAUGCUAGAGAGCUUGGCCUAUGCUGUGCUGAACUUGGCCAUCGGGGACCUCAUUCCUCUUUAAUAGGUGGGUCUUCAAAGACUUAAGUAAUCCCAUAGAAAUAAACUGUUUGGAGACCAGUUCAUUCUUUUCAAUCCUGACAUUUCUCCUCCCCACAAUACACCAGCCUUCUGGAAGACAGCAAAGCUUUAUGAAAAUGGUAUUUUGUAGGGACACUCUCCUUUGUCUGAAAUUUCAUUGCCAGCGGCAGGCACCGUAUAAGGAGCAUGGUAAUGUGCACAAGGAGAUGGGAAAAGGAGGCUGAAGGUAGAAGCAUAUCAUUCAGUUCUGAAAUUCCAAAUCAUCCAGGAAGUCUUAAGACAAGGACAGCAUUGAGAUGCGGAAGGAGAUGGCUUAUGCUCGAGAAUACAGGGGGAAAUAGGCCAGCUGAAAGGUCCUGCUGAUCUCCUUAGGAUGGCCUCCAGCGUAACUCAUGGCCAUGUGGGACUGAGGCUGAAGCCUUACUCUAAUUCUGAUCCUAGGCUUCCCCACCAACAUCCGCCCCACCAUCCCCACCACACACACACACACACUCAGCCCAUCAGUUCAGCCUGAUUCCUUAUUUUCCAGCUACUGAGACACACUUUCCCCCACUUGAGUAGCAACCCCAGUGCUCAGUGAAUGCACAGUGUUGGUGCAUGGUAGCUGAUGUACAAAUGUAGUUUGUACAUUUCUCAUAAGGGAUGGGUGUUACCAUCAAAGUUUAUACUUAGUAUGCAUGGAGGUGUUUCAUUGUUUUCUUUUAACCUUGAAAAACUGUGUUAAAGUAUGUCUUCUAAUACAUUUGUUUUUGGUGGAGGAAGAAGAGUAUGUAGGCUUCAGACAUUGGCCUGGGCUGAGAUUGAGUCAAACUCAGUGCCUCCUGUCAAGGAACUCACUCUGCAAGGUCCUCACCAGACAGGCAGGUGGGAGACAGUGCUGUGUGAAAAAUGCUUCCAGGAUUCAGGAACACCUAGCAGGUUUCAACUGAGCCCUGGAGUCCCAGGCAGGCUUUUCUGGAGAAAGUGGUUUUUAACUGGGGUUGAUUGUUGUUGUUGUUCCCCCAAUGUCUCCAGUGAGACCAGUGGAAACACUUUGGUUGUCACCACUGGGUAGGUAAUGGGGUGAGGGAGGGAGAUGCUAUUGGAAACUAUUGGGUACAGGGCAGCAGUGCUGCCAAGUAUCCUACAGUGCCCAGGGCAGCCUCCCACCACAAAAGUUAUUUGGCCCUAGACAUCCAUGGUGCUGAGGUUGAGAAACCUUAGCUUAAGUUAGAUUGAAGGUUGAAUGCAGAUUGGUGGUUCUGGGGGAGGGGGUCUAGUGGAGAGAGUCAUAGAUAUCCAGGGAAGAGAGUUAUUUAAAGAGGAAAUGGGAGUUCCUGUUGUGGCUCGGAGAAUUAAGAACCCCAAAUAGUAUCCAUGAGGAUGUGGGUUUGAUCCCUGGCCUCACUUAGUGGGUUAAGGAUCUGGCGUUGCCCUGAGCUGUGGUAUAGGUCAUAGACAUGGCUCAGAUCUGGCGUGGCUGUGAUGUAGGCCAGCAGCUGCAGCUCUGAUUCGACCUCUGAUUCUAGCCUGGGAACUUCCAUAUGCUUCAGGUGUGGCCCCAAAAAGACCACAAAAAACAAACAACAACAAAAAAAAAGAGGAAAUGGGCUAUGUGGAAAAUGGUGCAGAAGUGAUGGCUGGGUUAACUAAGGAGUUAAAAGUGUUCUUUCAUUGGCCCUAAGACGGUUCUUCUUGACCAUGGUUUGUUGUAGCAGACUCAACAAACAUUUGUAGUAGUUACAAAUGCCAGGUGUGGAUGACAUGCCCCUUGUCUGUGAAAAAGGGGGAUUAAUGGUAAUGAGGACAAUUAUAGUUACGUCUUCCUAUACACCAGAUACUAUGCCGAAUGCUUUAUUAUCAUUUUUUUUUAGAUGAGUCCACACAACAACCCUGUGGAAUGCGGACUUCUUUAUAUGGAUGAGGAAAUAGAGGCUUGGAGAAUUUACUGUUUGUCAAGAGUUCAUACAGCUCAUAAGGCACAGGGUUGGGAUUCAACCCUAGUUGUUGGUACCUGGAUUGUUUUCCCAGGGAAGAAGAUGGGACAGAGAGAAGGACAGAGGGACAUGGAGGGAGUGAGUGAGUGAGUGUGUGUGUGUCUCUAAGGGCGGGGGUUCCUCCCUGAUGGGAGAGUUUAAAAGGGGAAUGACUUAGCUAGGAAUCAGCGAGAAAUUGAAAAUGCGUGGGCUACCAGAGAAGUCAGGAGAGGAUUGGUCAGGAAUCCACAUCUUAGAUAAAAGGAAGUGGAGCACGCCUUUGAUCGUGGCAAGAGAAGGACAGGAUGGGUACCUAUGGGGAUGAGGAAGGGAAAGGCCGACAGGAGAUGGAAACCUCUUCUCUUCUCAGUCAGACACACUGAAGCAUAGGAGGCAGGCUCAGGCAAGACCGGCCUCCAAGUUUCCACGGAACUUCCUGACGGACCCAUGACAUUUCAGAGAAUUCGUUCAACCCUGAGAAUGGUUUUCCGUCAUUUGGAAAGAACCCGAUGCGCUGGGAUCUCCUUUGUCAUGGUUGCAUUUUGAGAAUUUCGGGGUUCCUAAUGUGAGAGAGUAGACCCAGAUCAUGGAGGUGCUUCAGUGCGAUGGCUGUGACUUCAGAGCCCCGUCUUAUGAAGAUCUCAAGGCCCACAUCCAGGAUGUCCACACGGCAUUUCUGCAGCCGACGGACGUUGCUGAAGACAAUGUGAACGAGCCACGAUCUGGGUCCAUGAAUGCCAGUAACCAGACAGAGGUGGAGUUUUCGUCCAUAAAGGAUGAAUUUGCAAUCGCAGAGGACUUAUCAGGUCAAAAUGCAACUGCAUUGGGGACCGGAAGUUAUUAUGGCCAUAGUCCAGGAUAUUACGGUCAGCAUAUCGCCCCUAAUCCCAAACCAACAAACAAGUUUUUUCAAUGCAAGUUCUGCGUACGCUACUUCAGGUCAAAAAACCUCCUCAUUGAACACACUAGGAAGGUCCAUGGAGCUCAAGCCGAAGGGAGUUCGGUGGGACCCCCUCUUCCAGGAUCCUUAAAUUAUAACAUCAUGAUGCACGAGGGAUUUGGAAAGGUCUUCUCUUGCCAGUUUUGCACAUACAAGUCACCAAGGAGGGCAAGAAUAAUUAAGCAUCAGAAGAUGUAUCACAAAAACAAUUUGAAGGAGACCACUGCUCCCCCCCCUGCCCCAAGUCCGAUGCCAGACCCGGUGGUGCCGCCUGUGUCUCUGCAGGACCCCUGCAAGGAACUGCCAGCGGAGGUUGUGGAGCGCAGCAUCUUGGAAUCCAUGGUCAAGCCCCUGACCAAGUCUCGAGGCAACUUCUGCUGUGAGUGGUGCAGCUAUCAGACCCCCCGCCGGGAACGCUGGUGUGACCACAUGAUGAAGAAACACCGUAGCAUGGUCAAGAUCCUUUCCAGUCUCAGGCAGCAGCAAGAAGGGACUAAUCUGCCCGAUGUGCAGAACAAGAGCGCCCCCAGCCCCACUUCCAACUCCACCUAUCUGUCCAUGAAUGUGGCCAGCCGGGAGAUUCCCAACACUAACGUCUCCAACUUCAGGGGCUCCAUGGGCAACUCCAUCAUGAGACCCAAUUCUUCUUCCGCUUCCAAGUUUUCACCCAUGUCUUACCCUCAGAUGAAGCCGAAGUCACCUCACAACUCUGGCCUCGUUAACUUGGCAGAGAGAUCCCGUUAUGGAAUGGCUGACAUGACCAAUUCUUCGGCCGACCUGGAAACCAAUAGCAUGCUAAAUGACUCUAGUUCCGAUGAAGAGUUAAAUGAAAUAGACAGUGAGAAUGGUUUAAAUGCUAUGGAUCACCAGACAGCAGGCAUGUCUGCAGAGCAGCUGAUGGGCUCAGAUGGCAACAAAUUAUUGGAGACGAAGGGGAUUCCAUUUAGAAGAUUCAUGAAUAGGUUCCAGUGCCCCUUUUGUCCUUUCCUCACCAUGCAUCGACGUAGCAUCUCCCGUCACAUAGAAAACAUCCACUUAUCUGGAAAGACAGCUGUCUACAAAUGUGACGAAUGUCCGUUUACUUGCAAGAGCUCGUUAAAACUUGGGGCUCACAAACAGUGUCACACGGGUACAACGUCAGAUUGGGAUGCUGUGAAUUCCCAGAGCGAAAGCAUUUCUUCCUCACUGAAUGAAGGUGUCGUGUCUUACGAAAGCUCGAGCAUCAAUGGGAGAAAGUCAGGGGUCCUGCUGGAUCCCUUGCAGCAGCAACAGCCACCGCCACCCCCGCCACCCCCACCGCCACCACCUCCUUCACAGCCGCAGCCCCCGCAGCUACAGCCACCCCAUCAGGUGCCGCCCCAGCCCCAGCCGCCACCGCCACCUCCCCCCACUCAAGUCCCACCUCUGCACCCCUACAAGUGCACCAUGUGUAGUUACUCCACCACGACUCUGAAAGGGCUGAGGGUUCAUCAGCAGCACAAACACUCGUUCUGUGACAACUUGCCAAAAUUCGAGGGGCAGCCCGCAAGCCUGCCGUUGGAGAGCGAGACAGACAGCCACCCCUCUUCCAGCAACACUGUGAAGAAAAGUCAGACCUCAAUUCUUGGGUUGUCCUCCAAGAACAACUUUGUAGCCAAGGCCUCUCGGAAACUCACUAAUGACUUUCCUCUCGACCUCUCGCCCGUGAAGAAGAGGACCAGGAUCGACGAAAUAGCAAGCAACCUGCAGAGCAAAAUUAACCAAACCAAGCAGCAGGAAGACGCGGUGAUCAACGUGGAGGAUGACGAGGAGGAAGAGGAAGACAACGAAGUAGAGAUAGAGGUGGAGUUGGACAGGGAAGAAGAGCCGACGGAGCCCGUCCUGGAGGUGCCCACGUCCUUCGCAGCCCAACAGAUCUGGGCGAGAGAUGCCCCUGAGCCCCAGAAGGAGCCCACCUUCAGAACUGUCACCCACGAUUACAACGCCACCAACGGGGCCGAGAUAGAGCUCACCCUCUCUGAAGACGAAGAGGAUUAUUACGGCUCCUCCACGAACAUGAAAGACCACCAGGUUUCUAAUACCGCUCUGCUCAACACCCAGACGCCGAUCUACGGAACUGAGCACAAUAAUGAAAGUACGGACUUUAGUGACUCGGGAAGGCUUUAUUAUUGCAAACACUGUGACUUUAACAACAAAUCUGCCCGGAGCGUCAGCACCCACUACCAACGCAUGCACCCGUACAUUAAAUUCAGCUUCAGGUACAUCUUGGACCCCAAUGAUCACAGUGCCGUGUACAGGUGCCUGGAAUGCUACAUCGAUUACACCAACUUUGAAGACCUGCAGCAGCAUUAUGGCGAGCAUCACCCGGAAGCCAUGAAUGUACUCAACUUUGACCACUCGGACCUGAUCUACCGAUGUCGAUUUUGCUCCUACACGAGCCCGAACGUCCGAAGCCUGAUGCCGCAUUACCAAAGAAUGCAUCCCACCGUUAAGAUUAACAACGCCAUGAUCUUUUCGAGCUACGUGGUGGAGCAGCAGGAGGGGCUGAACACGGAAUCCCAGACGCUGAGGGAGAUCCUGAACUCAGCUCCCAAGAACAUGGCCACGUCCACGCCUGUGGCCCGCGGUGGCGGCAUGCCAGCUCCCUUCGCGAAAAACACUCCUUCCAAGACCUUUCCUCCAGAAUGUGAAAACCAGAAGGACCCCUCGGUCAACACGGUUGUCGUGUAUGAUUGUGACGUGUGCUCUUUCGCGAGCCCUAACAUGCACUCUGUGUUGGUUCAUUAUCAGAAGAAACACCCAGAAGAAAAGGCUUCCUACUUUAGGAUCCAGAAAACCAUGCGAAUGGUGUCUGUGGACAGGGGCUCUGCCCUUUCUCAGUUAUCAUUUGAGGUGGGUGCUCCAAUGUCUCCCAAAAUGUCCACCAUGGGUUCCCCACCCCCCCCACAACCCCCGCCACCAGACCUCAGUACUGAGCUUUACUACUGCAAACACUGUUCCUACAGCAAUCGGUCAGUUGUGGGAGUCCUUGUCCACUACCAGAAAAGACACCCAGAGAUAAAGGUUACUGCCAAAUAUAUCAGACAGGCUCCUCCCACAGCUGCAAUGAUGAGAGGGGCCGAGGGGCCCCAAGGCUCCCCCCGGCCACCUGCCCCCAUGCAACAGCUCAACCGAAGCAGCGCCGAGCGAGAUGGCCUUCCCGUAGAGAAUGAGAUGUUCUUUUGCCAGCACUGUGAUUACGGGAACCGGACGGUCAAGGGUGUCCUCAUUCAUUAUCAGAAGAAGCACCGAGACUUCAAGGCCAACGCGGAUGUGAUCCGGCAGCACACAGCCACCAUCCGAAGCCUCUGUGACCGGAACCAGAAGAAGCCCACCAGUUGCAUGCUGGUGCCCUCCUCGAGCAUGGAGCGAGACAAGACAAAACUGCGAGCGCUCAAGUGCAGGCAGUGCUCGUACACCUCCCCCUACUUCUAUGCACUGAGGAAGCACAUCAAGAAGGAUCACCCUGCCCUGAAGGCCACAGUUACGUCCAUCAUGCGGUGGGCAUUUCUUGAUGGCUUGAUAGAAGCUGGCUACCACUGCGAGUGGUGCAUCUAUUCCCACACGGAGCCCAGUGGUUUGCUCCUCCAUUACCAAAGGAGGCAUCCUGAGCAUUACGUCGACUACACAUAUAUGGCUACCAAGCUCUGGGCUGGGCCAGACCCGUCCCCUCCCUCCCUCACGAUGCCUGCUGAAGCCAAAACGUACAGGUGCAGAGACUGUGUUUUUGAAGCCGUCUCCAUCUGGGACAUCACCAAUCACUACCAGGCAUUCCACCCCUGGGCCAUGAACGGGGACCAGUCAGUGCUGCUGGAUAUCAUUAAGGAGAAAGAUGCUGUCGAGAACCCCAUCCUGCCCUCCGAAGAGCUGGUGGGCCCUAUGAAUUGUGAAAACAGUAUGUCGGCCCCCCUCAUGGAACAGGAAGCCGAGUGCCCAGAGGACGCAAGACUUUCUCCAGAGAAGAGCAUCCAGCUGGCGUCCGCCAACCCCGCCAUCUCCUCCACCCCGUACCAGUGCACGGUGUGCCAGUCUGAGUAUAACAACCUGCACGGCCUUCUGACCCAUUACGGAAAGAAGCACCCAGGCAUGAAAGUGAAGGCUGCCGACUUUGCCCAGGACAUCGACAUCAACCCCGGCGCCGUCUACAAAUGCAGGCACUGCCCUUACAUCAACACCCGCAUCCACGGCGUCCUGACCCACUACCAGAAGCGACACCCGUCCAUCAAGGUGACCGCCGAGGACUUUGUGCACGACGUGGAGCAGUCGGCCGACAUGACCCAGAACGAUGUGGAGGAGACCAGCCGGAUCUUCAAGCAAGGGUACGGAGCCUACCGCUGCAAACUGUGUCCCUACACGCACGGCACUUUGGAGAAGCUCAAGAUCCACUAUGAGAAGUAUCACAACCAGCCCGAGUUUGAUGUCUUUUCCCAGUCGCCCCCGAAGCUGCCAGUGUCCCUCGAGCCCGAGAUAACCACUGAAGUGAGCCCCUCCCAAGUCUCUGUGACCGAGGACGAGGUGGGAGAAGAGCCCGUGUCCACGUCUCACUUCGCUACCUCGCACCUGGUCUCCCACACUGUGUUCCGGUGCCAGCUCUGCAAGUACUUCUGCUCCACGCGGAAAGGCAUAGCCCGGCACUACCGCAUCAAACACAACAACGUGCGCGCCCAGCCCGAGGGCAAGAACAACCUCUUCAAGUGUGCCCUGUGUGCCUACACCAACCCCAUCCGCAAAGGGCUGGCUGCCCACUACCAGAAGCGCCAUGACAUCGACGCCUACUACACCCACUGCCUGGCGGCCUCCAGGACCAUCAGCGACAAGCCCAACAAGGUGAUCAUCCCGUCGCCACCCAAGGACGACUCGCCGCAGCUCAGUGAGGAGCUCCGGCGGGCCGUGGAGAAGAAGAAGUGCUCCCUGUGCUCCUUCCAGUCCUUCAGCAAGAAAGGCAUCGUGUCCCAUUACAUGAAGCGCCACCCGGGCGUGUUCCCCAAGAAGCAGCACGCCAGCAAGCUGGGCGGCUACUUCACCGCCGUCUAUGCCGACGAGCACGAGAAGCCGGUGCUGAUGGAAGAGGAGGAGAGAGGCGGCUUCGAGAAAGCCGAGGUGGAAGGGAGCGAAGGGCAGGAAAUCGAGUGGCUCCCGUUCCGCUGCAUCAAGUGCUUCAAGCUGUCCUUCAGCACGGCCGAGCUGCUGUGCAUGCAUUACACUGACCACCACAGUCGGGACCUCAAGAGGGACUUCGUCAUCCUGGGCGGCGGCCCCCGCCCGCAGAGCUCCGCCUACCAGUGCAAGCACUGCGAUAGCAAACUGCAAAGCACAGCGGAGCUGACCUCGCACUUGAACAUUCACAAUGAGGAAUUCCAGAAGCGUGCCAAACGUCAGGAGAGGAGGAAACAGCUUUUGAGCAAGCAGAAAUAUGCAGAUGGUGCUUUUGCAGAUUUCAAACAAGAGAGGCCUUUUGGUCACUUAGAAGAGGUGCCAAAGAUCAAGGAGAGGAAGGUGGUGGGCUACAAAUGUAAAUUCUGUGUGGAAGUGCAUCCGACACUCCGUGCCAUCUGCAACCACCUGCGCAAGCACGUCCAGUACGGCAGCGUCCCAGCCGUGUCAGCCGCCGUGAAGCAGGAGGCGGAAGACCCUUCCCACUUGUUCCUGGAUGGAUUGGAAGCAGCCAAAGAUGCCAGUGGCGCCCUGGUGGACCGGGUGGAUGGUGAACACUGCUUGCUUGAUGGAAUGUUGGAGGAUGAAACCCGGCCGGGGGGAUACCAUUGUAGUCAAUGUGACAGAGUCCUGAUGUCCAUGCAGGGGCUGCGUUCUCAUGAGAGGAGCCAUCUGGCCCUGGCCAUGUUUACCCGCGAGGACAAGUACAGCUGCCAGUAUUGCUCCUUUGUUUCUGCCUUCAGGCACAAUUUGGAUCGCCACAUGCAAACCCACCAUGGACACCAUAAACCAUUCCGAUGCAAACUCUGCUCCUUCAAGUCCUCCUACAACAGCCGGCUGAAGACUCACAUCCUCAAAGCUCAUGCUGGUGAGCAUGCCUACAAGUGUUCCUGGUGCUCCUUUUCCACCAUGACGAUCAGCCAGCUGAAGGAACACUCCCUCAAGGUCCACGGAAAAGCCCUGACCCUCCCCAGGCCACGGAUUGUCAGUCUACUCUCCUCACACGCCCACCACUCCUCCCAAAAAGCCACCCCGUCUGAAGAAGUGGAAGACUCCAAUGACUCAUCCUACUCCGAGCCUCCAGAUGUUCAGCAGCAGUUGAACCACUAUCAGUCCGCGGCUCUGGCAAGAAACAACAGCCGUGUUAGCCCUGUGCCUCUUUCUGGGGCUUCAGGGGGCGCUGAGCAGAAAACGGAAGCUGUUCUUCACUGCGAAUUCUGUGAAUUCUCCUCUGGCUACAUCCAGAGCAUCAGGCGCCAUUACAGGGACAAGCAUGGAGGGAAGAAACUCUUCAAGUGCAAAGACUGCUCCUUUUACACAGGCUUUAAAUCUGCUUUUACUAUGCACGUGGAAGCCGGGCAUUCAGCGGUCCCCGAGGAGGGCCCCAAAGAUCUUCGCUGUCCUCUCUGCCUCUAUCACACCAAAUACAAACGCAACAUGAUUGACCACAUCGUGCUGCACCGAGAAGAGCGCGUUGUCCCCAUUGAAGUGUGCCGAUCCAAACUGUCAAAAUACUUGCAGGGAGUAGUUUUCCGCUGUGAUAAGUGUACCUUCACCUGCUCCAGUGACGAGAGCCUCCAGCAACACAUAGAAAAGCACAAUGAACUGAAACCUUACAAGUGCCAGCUCUGCUACUACGAGACCAAGCACACAGAGGAACUGGACAGCCACCUUCGGGACGAGCAUAAGGUAAGCCGGAACUUCGAGCUGGUCGGACGGGUUAACUUGGAUCAGCUGGAACAGAUGAAGGAGAAGAUGGAGAGCUCCAGCAGUGAUGAUGAGGACAAGGAAGAAGAAAUGAGCAGCAAGGCUGAUGACAGAGAUCUGAUGAGAUUUUCUGACCGUGGGGCGGCCAUCAACACUGAGAAGCGUUUUCCAUGUGAAUUUUGUGGUCGGGCGUUUUCCCAGGGCUCUGAGUGGGAAAGGCACGUGCUGAGACACGGCAUGGCGUUGAAUGACACCAAGCAGGUGAGCAGAGAAGAAAUCCACCUGAAAGAUAGCAUGGAGGACAGUAUUAAGAUGCCCUCUAUAGAGGAAAAGGAAGCUGAUGAAGCAAUCGGGAUAGACUUUUCCUUAAAGAACGAAACAGUAGCCAUCUGUGUCGUAGCUGCUGACAGAUCUCUCCUGGAGAACGCAGAGGCCAAAAAAGAAUAAGUGUUUGGUGAAAUUCUUCAUCACCCCUUACUUGAACCGUGAUUGAAAAAAAAGUGGGAGGGCCAGCUUGGGCUGUGAAGGUGGGGACAGAAAAGAGAAGACAGAACAAAGCUGCUUUUUAGGACUGAACAAUCUAUUUUCAAAGCACUGGUACCUGUGUGAGUGAGUAUGUAAAUUAAAGUUAUUUAAAUGGUUGGAACAUGUGGCUCCUUUUCCAUCACUACAUCUUUCCUUCCGGAUCUGCAUCUUGGAAGUUUCGUUGUGUUGUGGAAGACGGAAGCACCUCCCCUGCACACGUGUGCGCUACGGUGGUCUUGGACAGUGUGUGGAAACAAGCUCCGUGACAGUAGAAGACUUCUCUUAGGGGAACAACUUUUUGACGCACAACUUUCGGUGCGUUUUUCUAGUUUUAAUACCUUAAGCUUUUUCAAGACCUAACUGCAGCCGCUUUGGGAAAAAACAAACAGAAAAAAACAAAAAAACAAAAAAAAAACAAAAACAGAAAAUGAAAAAAACUGCUUUGCAUAAAACAGUCACCUGUUUCCUAGUACCUCAAACUUAACCAAGGGAAUUCUCUGCAUUUGUCAGUACUACCUGUCGUCAUUGUGGUUAAAUGUAGAGAGAACUGCUGGGCAAGAUGGUGAAUGGAGAAAAAAAAAAAAAAAAAAAAAGAGUUUUAAAGAAAGGAACACAAAUUGUGCUUAAAAUCCCCACGUGGGUUUUAUUUCUUAAAAUACUGUGAUUUUUUUAAUUAUUUUAGUAAAAAACAAAACAAAAAAAAGAAACAGACUUUAAUUAUUAGAUAAAUGUUUGUGAAUUGUCAUCCUUUAUUCCAGGUAAGCUGUUUAUUAGUGUUCAACUAUAAUUUAGAAUUUGAUAGUUUUCAUGUGAACUAAUUUUAAGGUGACUGUGGAGUUUUGUUUGCCACAUGUUUAUUUUCUAUCAAUUUGAGUGUUACAAACACAGCACAAUUCAGUUUUUCAUAUACAUUUUUGUGUGUGUGUUGUUAUUGUUGUUUUGAUUUGGGGGCAAGGGAGAUUUUGUUUUUUGUGAAUAGGAACGUUUUUAUUUUAAACACGGAAAUAGCAAAGACGUUAACCUUUUUUUUUUUUUUUUUUAAUUUAACUAAAGAACCAAACUUUUCGGCACAGCUAUGCAGCUUGUGGGCCAGACGAGGAAGUCCUCUUCACCCUUUUGUUGCUGUCAAAUGUACACAUUCUCUGUCUCACAUGAAUAAUUUCUGUUAGGAUGGGCUGGGCUUUUGUGUGUGAUUUUUAAAAUCUGUGUUGUUUUUGUUUGCCUUGUGGGUUUUUUUUUUUUUUUUUUUUUUCCAGAGGUGGGGGAGGGGAGGGUUCUCAUUUAUUUUGCAGGACAAGGGGAUGUGCUCAAAUCCCAUCCCUUUGGUGAGAGUGUUCGAGAAAUACUUAUAUCCUACAAGGAGCCUGGAGAACUACUUUUUUUUUUUUUUUUUUUUUUUUUAAAUCUAGCUGCCAGCUGCUCUGUUUCCCCAUAUUAGCUUUUUCAGGAGGGAGCAGCUUAGACUAAAUCUAAGUCUACAUUUAUAAUACGUUCUGAUUGUGAACAAAGGGUUUCGUUCCAAAAAGUAGAACUUUCCUUGAAGCCUAGGUUUUAGAAGCCUGUGUGCAUGUGUGCUGGGCAGUGAGUGCGCGCGUGCGUGUGUGUGUGUGUGUGUGUGUGUCCUUUGGUUUUCAUGUUUUUUUGUUUUUCUUUUAACUUGGAAGGGUUGGGGGCGGGGGGGGGGCGAAAGGGAAGGGGAAUUGCUGAGAUGACAGUGUCCCACACAGCUUCAAAUAAAAUCCAUGGAAAGAUAUUGCAUUUGUGGAAUAAGUGCUUACUUGAAAAGCAUGUUCUUCUUUUAUUUUCUUGCUGUUUAGAAUUUUUAUUUGUUGGGCGUUUGUUUUAAUUUAAAUUUUUUUUUUUUAGGGAUGGGGGCCAUCAUGUGGAAACCAGAAAAUGGGGAAAGUGUGAACUAUCUAGACAAAGAUUCAUUUUGUGUCCAUAUUUGUUUUUGAUUGGCCUCAUUUCAAAUGUACUAAACAGUUCCAUACCUGGAUUGGGUGUUUGUAAUGGUUACCAAAAAAGGAAGAAAAAAAAAAAAAAAAAAAGGAAAGAAAGAAAAAAGAAAAAAAAAAGAAAAUAAUUGUGACAUGCUUUUAUCACUACUUUAUUUUUCAAAUAACAUGUAAAUAUUGUAAUCCAUUGGAUUUUGUUUUGCUAACCUGUUAAUAAAAAUAUGGGACCAUUAUCCUUUUAACAAGGCUAGAAUGUCAUUUUUUUUUCUUUUUUCAAACAUAUACCUGAUAUUUUGUGGCCGCACAUUUUGGAUGCAUUAUUAUAAUUCUGUUGACUGUAAUGACAUAGAAUUUACAACAUCUUUUUUUGUUUGUUUAAUUUAUACAGAGGACAUUUUUUUUUCAGAGCUUGAGAGAAGAAAAUAAAUAGCAAAUGAUAACCUAUUGACUCCAAUAAUCAGUGUUUCCCAGUACUUGAUAAAAGAUAGGGAGAUCCUGAGUUCUUGAAGCCAAGGGUUUAAAAAAACAACAAAAAAAACACACAAGUAGGUUAUUCAAGUUGUUUGCAACAUACAUUUUGUAAUGAAAUGUGAGAAAUUAAUAAAGAAUUUUUUCACAUGUG